UAUAGUACAGUGAUGUUUGUUAUAUACAAUACACAUGUAGGCACUCGAUGUGUAGUUUCUGCAUGUUGAUACUUGUUUUCAUUUGUUGAAUGGAAAUUCUUGUAAAAGAGGGACAAAAACAAGAGGAGAAGUAUGAAGGCAGUAAAAUAUCACAGUUUAUUCAGCAUGAUCUCACCGGUCCUUUCUUGGGGGAAAAGGUUAGAGACAUGCCUGUAGAUGCCAAAUCAACACAAAUAACUUUCCAAUUGUUUAUGCCAGGUUUCAUCUUCUAUAAUGUUGGGUGCCCCUUCACUCAACUGCUUGAAAAAGUUUUGUCAUUUCAGGUUAUUCUAGGUCACAGAAAACACUGACAGACAUGUGAUAUGUCAUAGCCCAGUGCUCUUGUGUGUCUGUCUGUCAUGAGAGAAAAUGUGGAUAAUCGUAUGCUAGGUACAAAGGACCAUUGUCGUACGCAUUGCAAUGAGAAGGAAAUCCAAAUUAUGUCUGUAAAGAACCUACAGUAUAUGCUCUGCUGCUAGGAUGAGUGUCUCUCAAGAGAGAGAGGAGGCUGCAGAUGACGUUGAUACACUCAGACCAGAGUCUGCAGCACACAGCUGUGGGACCAUGAAGAAUGCCAAAGACAUGGAUGAUCAUGGACAACCAAUACACUUUAAUGGAGGGCCAAACACACACAGACCUCCAUCUCCAGUGCCCAGCUGUGUGUCUCUGAAGAGUGAAGAGUCCAUGCCUGUGCCCCAGAACUUCAGUCAUGAACCACCAGAUCAUGACCGGAGUGAACCGAGGGUUGCUGCCAGGUGUGGAGUGUGUGAGCAGGUACUGAGGGACCCAGUCAUCACCACCUGUGGACACAGUUUCUGCAGGCAGUGCAUCAGCAGCUACUGGGAGCAGCCUGGGCUACCAGGAGACCAAGCCUGUCCCCAGUGUGGAGAGACAUGCAGAACUCAACCUCCUCUACAGCCUACUCUGGAUGAACACACAGAUAUGAGCACACAGGAUGCAGGCUUGAUCGAAAGCAGCACACACCUGCACACUGGACACACACUAGGCAGAAAGAGACAUCAAGGAGUCAUAGAGAAACAUAAAGCCAGUCUGAGGAGGAGAUUUGAGAACAUAUCUGAAGGUGUUAACAAUCCAAGGACUCAAGUAACCCUCAAAAAGAUCUACACAGAGGUUUACAUCACAGAGGGAGAGAGUGAAGGGGUGAAUAAUGAACACGAGAUUUGGCAAGUAGAAUUUGCAUCCAGAGCACAAACCACUGAAGAUACACCAAUCAACUGCAAUGAUAUCUUCAAACCUUUACCUGGACAGGAGAAGCACAUCAGAACUGUGAUGACCAAAGGUGUUGCUGGCAUUGGAAAAACUGUCUCAGUGCAAAAGUUCAUUCUUGACUGGACAGAUGGUGCCAAUCAGGAUAUAGAUUUUAUAUUUUCGUUUUCUUUCCGUGAGCUGAAUUUGAUAAGGGGUGAUAAAUAUAGUCUUCACAGUCUCCUGCUUGACUUCUACCCUCAGCUGAACAGGCUAAAUGAUUAUGAAGGAUACAAAGACUGUCCGAUUGUGUUCAUCUUUGAUGGUCUGGAUGAGAGUCGACUUUCUCUCAAUUUUCAGCCAAAGAUGUUUGUAUCUGAUAUUAAACAAGCAUCAUCAGUGGAUGUUCUGAUUACGAGUCUCAUUCAGGGAUCUCUGCUUCCCUCUUCACUCAUCUGGAUAACCUCACGACCAGCAGCAGCCAGUCAGAUUCCUGCUAAGUAUAUCGAUCAGGUGACAGAAGUACGAGGAUUCAAUGACCCACAGAAGGAAGAGUACUUCAGGAAGAGAAUCAGUGAUGAGAGUCAGGCCAACUGCAUAAUCUCACACAUAAAGACAUCCAAGAGUCUCCACAUCAUGUGCCACAUUCCAGUCUUCUGUUGGAUUGCAGCCACUGUACUUCAGCAGAUGCUAGAAAAGGAUAAAACCCAGGAAAUCCCCAAAACACUGACUGAGAUGUUCAUACACUUCCUACUCAUUCAGACAACCAAGAAGGAUCCAAAGUGUCAAAGUGAAAGACAGACAUAUAAAGACCUUCUGGAAUCACAGAAAGAAGUAAUACUGAACCUGGCAAAAUUGGCUUUCAAGAAUCUAGAGAAUGGCAAUGUGAUGUUUUACGGAAAAGAUCUGAUAGAGUGUGGCAUUGAUGUCAGUGAAGCCUCAGUGUACUCUGGCAUGUGCACUGAGAUCGUUAAAGAAGAAUCUGUGAUUCAUCAGAAGAAGGUCUACUGCUUUGUGCAUCUAAGCAUCCAGGAGUUUCUGGCAGCACUUCAUAUCUUUGUUUCCUACAAGUACCAGAUGGAGACUAUGGGGAUGUUUUUCUGCUUGGAGGACUCACUGAAGUUUGUAGUUACCAAAGUUCUGGAAAGCAGGAAUGGGCACUUGGAUCUUUUCCUUCGCUUCCUUAUGGGUAUAUCUGUGGAGAGCAAUCAGAUACUUUUGAAAGAUAUACUGAGCCACACACUCAACAGUUCAGAGACCAUCAGAGAAAUGUGCAAGUACAUCAAGGAUCUCAACUCACAAGACCUUUCUCCUGAAAGAUGCAUAAAUCUUUUCCAUUGUUUAUUGGAAAUGAAUGAUCAUAGCCUUCAUAAAGAAAUUCAGAGAUUCCUUAAAACACCCAAUAGUUUCAAACAGAAACUGUCUCCUGCCCACUGUUCAGCACUGGCCCACAUGCUUCUGAUGUCUGAGGAGGAGCUGGACGUCUUUGACCUGAAGAGAUACAACACGUCAGAUGAGGGACGCAGGCGACUGAUCCCAGCCCUGAUUUGCUUCAGAACAGCAAUGCUUGAUAGGUGUAAACUCAACCAGAUGUCCUGUGAAACAGUGAGGCGAUAUCUGCAGUCUGCCAACUCCCUCAUACAGCUGGAUCUGAGUUGCAAUGCCCUGGGAGAUUCUGGACUUCAGAUUAUUUCUGCAGGACUAACUAGUCCCCACUGUACAUUGAAAACAUUGAGACUUGGUGACUGUAAACUCAGUGGUGAAUCCUGCAAUACAUUAGCCUGUGUUCUACAGUCAGCAAACCCCCUGAUGGAGCUAGACCUGAGUCACAAUGACCUGGGAGAUUCUGGAAUCCAGCAUCUCUGUGAGGGACUAGCCAGUACUUGCUGUAAACUGCAAAUAUUAAGGCUGUCUGGUUGUCUCAUCUCAGAGAAAGGCUGUGGAUUUCUGGGUUCAGCUCUGAUUUCAAACCAAUCCAGUCUCAAAGAGCUGGACCUGAACUACAAUCAUCCUGGAGAAUCAGGACUGAAGCUUUUAUCUGCUAGACUGGAGGAUUCCCACUGCAAACUGGAGACACUUAAUAUGGACCACUGUGCUGAAAGCAGAUUUAGACCUGGUGUGCAAAAAUAUGCCUGUGAGCUCACAAUGGACCCAAACACAGCAGGCAGAGGAGUCCUUCUCUCUGAGCAGAAUAGAAAGGUGACCCGUAUGUCAGAGUCACAGCCAUAUCCUGACCACCCAGAGAGAUUUGACUGGUGGCUUCAGGUGUUGUGUAGAGAGGGUCUGUCUGGACGCUGCUACUGGGAGGCUGAGUGGAGUGGGGAUAAGUGUGAAAUAGCUGUGGCCUAUAAAAGCAUCAAGAGGAAAGGGUUGACAGAUGAAUGUAACCUGGGAGCAAAUGCCAAGUCCUGGGCUCUGAACUGCUCUGCUGACAAGCAUGUUGUUAGGCAUAGUGGUCAACCUGUAAAUGUCUCCUCCUCCCACUCCAACAGAAUAGGAGUCUACCUGGACUGGUUGGCUGGCACUCUGUCAUUCUACAGCGUCUCUGACUCACUCACCCACCUGCACACGUUCCAUUCCACAUUCACUGAGCCCCUCUAUCCAGGGUUUGCGGUGUGGCCAAAUACUUCAGUGUCCCUGUGCCAGAUCACAUGACCUCCUCAUGCUUCAGAAACAUCACUCCUAUUCAAAAGUAUGCUGCUCUGAUGGGAUGACUUGUAUUAAGCAUUAUCACACGAGUGGGAGUGGUGUUGUUGGCCAAUAUCGUCACGGCUGUGGUUCGCCGUAGGCACGAAGCAGAAGGCUGAGUGCCGUAGGUAACCACAGCUGUGGCGAUAUGGGCCAACAACACCACGACCACAAGUGUGAUAACGCUUUAUACAUCAGUUCUGUUGCCAACAAAUUUUUUUUUAGGAAGGAUAAUUUAUUAUUUGCCAUGGUUUUGUUUAGCCCAGUUCCUCCGCUAUGCGAAGUAGGCCUAGCUCAGAAUGUGUGUGCUUGAUAUACAGUACAACUGCUCAAUCAAAGAACAUGGAUACCUGUAUGCAAUUAAAACAUGUGUGUUAUGAGAUUCUGUAUAAUAUACAUUUUAUAAAAUAUUGUGCACCCUUCAGUUAUUUAAUGUAGCCUAUGAUUGUGUG